AUGCGCGCGACCCACGCGCUGCGGUCGACGACGCCGCGCGCCGUCCGGCGGUGCGCGCCCUUGAGCGCCGGGCGCGCCUCCGCGGCCGUGAGCCAGAAGGAGCAGGCGCCGGCGACGCCGGAGACGCAGGCGGCCCUGGACCUCAACCCGCCGCGGGGCACGCGCGACUUCUACCCCGAGGAGCUCCGCGUGCGGAACUGGCUCUUCGGCCAGUGGCGCGCGACGGCGGCGGCGCACGGCUUCGAGGAGUACGACUCGCCCGUGCUGGAGAGCGAGGCGCUCUACGUGCGCAAGGCGGGCGAGGAGGUCACGCAGCAGCUCUACAACUUCGAGGACAAGGGCGGCCGGCGCGUCGCGCUGCGCCCGGAGAUGACGCCGAGCCUCGCGCGCAUGGUCAUGGCGCGCAAGAACGCGCUGCCGCUGCCCGUGAAGUGGUUCUCCGUGCCGCAGUGCUGGCGCUACGAGCGGACGACGCGCGGCCGCCGCCGCGAGCACUACCAGUGGAACAUGGACAUCUGGGGCGUGCCCGGCGUCACGGCCGAGGCCGAGGUCCUCGCCGCCGUCGUCGGCUUCUUCGAGCGCGUCGGCAUCGACAGCGCCGACGUCGGCAUCAAGAUCAACUCGCGCGAGGUGCUCGCGGAGCUCCUCGCGAAGACGUGCGGCGUGGACCAGGCCGACGGCGCGCGCUUCGCGGCGACGUGCGUCCUCGUCGACAAGCUCGAGAAGGUGCCCGCGGCCAAGCUCUACGACGACUUCGCGGCGCUCGACGUGUCGCCCGACGCCGUCGACGCGCUCGUGGAGAAAUUGGGCGAGGGCGGCUCCAUCGAGGCGCUGGAGGCGCUCCUCGGCGCCGACUCGCCGGCGCUGGCGAAUUUGCGCGAGGUCUACGCCCUCGCGGAGGCCUACGGGUACGCGGACUGGCUCGUCUUCGACGCGUCCGUGGUCCGGGGGCUGGCGUACUACACGGGCGUCGUCUUCGAGGCCUUCGACCGGUCGGGCGAGCUGCGGGCCAUCUGCGGCGGCGGCCGCUACGACAAGUUGCUGGAGAGCUUCGGCGGCGACGCGUUGCCCGCCGUGGGCUUCGGCUUCGGCGACGCCGUCGUCAUGGAGUUGCUGGAGAUGAAGGGCCUCGUGCCCGACCUCGACUCGUCCGUCGACGCGGUGCUCUUCGCGCUCGCGUCCGGCGACGGCGACAACGACGCGGCCCUCGCGCGCGACGCCGCCGGCGUGGCGUCGACGCUGCGAAAGCUCGGGCUCAGGGUCGACCUCGUGCUCGAGCCCAAGAAGCCCAAGUGGGCCUUCAAGCACGCGGACCGGAAGAACGCGCCGCUCGCGCUCAUGCUCGCGCCCGACGAGUGGGCCAACGGGCGGGCCCUCGUCGUCAAGGACCUCGGCACGGGCGACCAGGCGAACGUGCCCCUCGACGAGCUUCCCGCGUGGCUCGAAGCCCGCGCGUAG